AAAUGGUAGGGGGCGAGAAGUUAGUAUAAAAAGCCUGGCCUGAGCCACAAUCGUCCUCGUUCUUCACCGAACCGGCAAGUAACGACGACAUGAAAGCCGUAAUCCUUUUGGCGGCAGUGGCCGUGGCCGCUGUCAUGGCCGUCCCUGUGGACGAAAAGACUUAUAGGACCCCUGCAACCACCGAGCUGCUGAACGUGCAGAAGAACCUUCUGAAACUGAUGUGGCGCGUGCAGGACUACAACACCUACCCUGAGCAGGUCGAGAUCGGCAAGAACUACAAGCUUGAGGAGGACAUCGAGUCGUACAAGAACAAGGAGUACGUCAAGGACUUCCUGAUCGCGUACAAGAAGGGUCUGCUGCCCCGCGGCGACAUCUUCUCCGUGUACUACGAGCCCCACCGCAAGCAGAUGAUCAAGCUGUUCGACCUGUUCUACUUCGCCAAGGACUACGAGACCCUGUACAAGAUCGCCUGCUGGGCCCGCGAUCGCGUCAACGAGUACAUGUUCGUCUACUCCCUCAGCGUCGCCGUCUACCACCGCGCUGAUAUGCGUGGCGUCGUGCUGCCUCCCUUCUACGAAAUCUUCCCCCAGAAGUUCGUCGACAGCGAGGUCGUCUUCAAGGCCUACCACGAGUACAUGAACCACAAGAACACCCCUGACUACACCGUCAGCAUCCCCGUGUCCAACUACACUGAGUUCUGGUACCAGCACGACCUCGAGCAGCGCAUCGCCUACUUCGGUGAGGACCUGGGCAUUAGCAUGCAUAACAAGUUCAUGGCCAUCGAGUACCCCUUCUGGAUGGACGCCAAGAAGUACUCUCUGACCCAGGACCGCAAGGGAGAGCUCUUCUUCUGGAUCUACGACCAGCUCCUCGCCCGCUACGAGAUGGAACGCAUUGCCAACUAUCUUCCUGAGACUGAGGCCAUCGACUUUGUCGACCCCGUUGUCAAGCACGGCUACAACUCUCACGUCAGCUACAUGAACGGCGUCGAUUUCCCCAUCCGUCCCGAUAACAUGAAGAUUGAAGAUCUCGAGGACAUGACCGUUGAGGAUGUGCUUGACUUUGAGCGCAGAAUCCGUGACGCUAUUGACCUGGGCUACUUCUAUGACCGUGAGGGCCACAAGAUCUCCCUGAAGGACAACAAGGGCAUCGACUGGGUUGGUCGCAUCAUCCAGGGCUACCCUGAUGUUCCCACCACCUACUUCGGCAGCUUGGCCACCUAUGCCUACACGCUCAUCAGCCACAUCGUCGAUCCUCUGCACUCUCUUGGUUCUGCUCCUGGUCUGCUUGAGCACAGCGAAACCGCCACCCGUGACCCCGCUUUCUACUCCGUGCAGAAGACCCUGAACAAGCUCUUCAUCAAGUUCAAGGAGCACCUCACCCCCUACAAGCGCGAGGAGCUCGUCUUCCCCGGUGUCAAGGUCGAGAAUCUUGAGGUCGACAAACUGGUCACCUACUUCGAGGACUUUGAGUUUGACCUGUACUCCGUCUUCGCCGGCACUUACGAGUCCGACAAGAACGUCAACAUCAAGUACCGCACUCCCCGUCUCAACCACAAGACCUUCAACUACAAGUUCGACGUCACCUCCGACAAGGAGCAGGACGCCAUUGUCCGCAUCUUCCUCGGACCCAAGUACGACGUCUACGGCAAGGAGCUCUCCCUCAACGAGAAGCGCGUCAAGAUGAUCGAAAUGGACAAGUUCAAGGUUUCCCUGACUUUCGGCAAGAACGUCGUCACCCGCAGCUCCCAGGACGCUUUCCUGACCACCAAGGAUGAGCUCACCACCAAGCAGAUCAUCCAGAAGGUUGAGGAGGCCCUCGCUGGCACCACCACCCUCUACAAGGAAGAGUCCUACCACUGCGGCUUCCCUGAGCGUCUCCUGCUGCCCAAGGGCCGCAAGGGAGGUAUGCCCUUCUCUCUGUUCGUCAUGGUCACCCCGUACGAGACCACCGCCUCCGAGACCAAGACCUUCAGCCUGGGCUACUGCAGCUCCUACGACCGCGUCUACCCCGACGUCAAGCCCUUCGGCUACCCCUUCGACCGCAAGAUCAGCGAGUACGACUUCAACACCCCCAACAUGUACUUCAAGGACGUCAUCAUCUUCCACAAGACCAUCGAAGAGAUCAACCGCCCUUAAGAAGGAGUUUCGAAACUUUCCACCACCAUCAACUACACCCCAGACUGACAAAAACAUCGUCUCACUUUUUAUGCUGCUAAUUUACACGACCUUAGCGCAAUGUUAAAUGGACUUUUGCAAUAGACAUCUGUUUUAAACAGAUUUCAUUUGAUUUUUGUACAAAACGAAAUAACAUUAAAGAGCUGCAAGUAAAAGAAAA